AAGAAGCCUCUUCCGCCUCCCUCGCCGGCCAGAUUCCUGACUUUCCUAUCCCCUCUUUACUUAUAUAUUUAUAUAUAUAUAUAUAUAUAUAAUUAUUUCCUUCAUCUUCAUCUUCAUCUCCCUCUCUCUUUUUCUCUCUCUCUCUCUCAAAAUACGUAUAUAUAUACAGCAGAGAGCAGCUAGAAAUAGUGAAUAGAAUAAUGGGGAAAGUACUGGGGGUGGUAGCGUGUGCAGCGACGGUGGCGGUGGAUGGCAUGGCUGGGAUUCUUGGCAUCCAAGCUGAAAUUUCUCAAAACAAGGUGAGUGAAAUGAGGGUGUGGAAUCGAAGAUGUAGGGCAGCGAGGGAGGAGGCCUAUGAGCUUGGGUUGACGGCCGCCGCUCUUCUGGCGCUGGCGCACAUAACCACCAGCCUUCUUGGGGGAUGCAUCUGCAUUGCCCUCGCCGACCACCUCGACAAGUCCCCCUCCCACCGCCGCUUCUCUUUCGCUUCUCUCAUUCUCUCUUGGAUAACGGUGGCCGCAGGAUUCCCAAUGCUGCUGAUAGGGACGCUAGAGAAUUUAAAAUCAAGGUCGUGCCGGAGUUCACAGUACCAUAAUUUUUUGUUCUACGGGGGAAUGCUGUGCUUUCUUCAUGGCUUGUUCUGCGCCGGAUGCUACCUUGCUGCUACCGUCGGUGUCCCCAAAAAGGAGAAGCCCGCCCAUAAUUAUCAUGACCAUGCUCCAAUUAAUCCCUAAUUGCCUCAAUAAAUGUGGCUUAGCUUCUUAAUUUUUUCAUUCCCCAUGCGCCAUGUACUUCCUAAAACUUCAUGUAUAAACACUCCACAAGGCUGCUAAUUAAU